CUCAGGAAACAACAAUUGGCAAUAGCAGCGUGAUACAGGAACCAGAACAUCACUGCAAUCAGAAAUGAAUGCUAGUGCCGCAGCGGGAGUGGGCAUUUCCCCCUCCACCUCUAAGCCAUUGGCCAUGGGCUUAACACCAAUCCCUAUCCGUUUGCGCUGGAGGAGGAGUUGUUCGAUGAUUGAGACGGAGGCCGAGCUAGCUGAGUCGGAGGCCCAACCCGUCUUUCGCCGCCUCAUUCUGCUUCGCCAUGCCAAGAGUUCUUGGCAACAUACAGCUCUGCGAGAUCAUGACCGUCCUCUCAGUAAAACCGGACGAGCUGAUGCCGCCUUGGUUUCUAAAAAGCUCCAGCAUAUGGGUUGGAUCCCUCAGCUUAUUUUAUCUAGUGAUGCCCUGCGAACCAGGGCAACACUUAAUAUCAUGCAGGAACAGGUGCGUGGUUUUCUGGAAGCAGAGGUCCAUUUUAUCUCAAGUUUUUAUUCCAUUGCAGCCAUGGAUGGCCAGACUGCUGACCACCUCCAACGAACUAUCUGUCAGUAUUCAAGGGAUGAAAUACUUACCAUCAUGUGUAUGGGGCAUAAUAGGGGAUGGGAAGAGGCAGCCUCCAUGUUCACCGGUGCUUCCAUAGAGCUGAAGACCUGCAAUGCUGCUUUGCUUGAAGCUACUGGAAAAUCUUGGGAAGAGGUUUCAUUUCCUUUCUUCAUAAAAUAUUUUCUGUCGUGUUGUCCCAUUGUCAUUUUUACCUUUUUUUUUGUGGAAGUAAUGUAUAUGAAGUAUAAACUUUAUAAGUUCAGCAAUAUGCCGCGUCCAACCACUUAAUACUUCUAUAUUCUAUGUUUUUUCUGCAACAAUUAUACUCUUUAACAACUUCUGCUUCCUUCUGCUACAAUCGAUCUGGUAGAAGUGGUGCUAACUUGGACUUGUAAACUAUUUUCAUAAUUCUUAUGAGGCAAAACUUAGUUUCUGUCUCAAGGACUAUUCAGUUGCAUGCUUCAUAGAAUCUGAAGAUUUGAUGGUGGAGUAGGUUGAAAUUAUGUUUGAGAACAGGUUGCAUGAUGGAUCAGACUGAUGCAGGCUUUCUUUCUUUUGUUCUUCAUCUUCUUCGUCUUCUUUUUUUUUUCAAUAAGAAAAUUGUAGUUGGACAUUUCUGCUUAAACCUAUUUGCCUAAUUUGUAUGAAAUCAGGAUUAUGUUGCUCAUACUCAGGGGUGAAUGUGGGAUACAGGUAUGUGUCUGACACGGGUAUGUUCUACUUUUUCUAAGUUUUUCCUUAUAUUUGGAGGGUCAGAAAGCCAUACGACAUCUGUCAGAUUUGUAUCAGGCACAGGUCAGGAAAAAGGAAGUGUCUGAGCACAUAAACUCAGACAAUUCAAGGGUUCAUUUAGAGGCCUACAGGAUAUUUUGUUGGACCAGAUAUGUCUGUCAUGAUAAUUUUAAAAACUUUUAAAGCCAUAGUCAUUUGAAGUUCAAACAUCAGUGAGGCCUAGUGCUAAAAUUUUUUGAAACCUAUUCCUGUGUUGGGUAAACACAGCUGGCUUCAAAUUUAGGGCAGCAUUACAUAAGUCCUUCACUAGUAAACAAAUGGGAGAAGCGGGAUCAACCUUGUUGAGAGGGCUGGUUUGAGUGAUGCCCUUCUGGAGAAGUAUAAGUAAGCUUAUAAGGUUACAAAUGAAGGCAGUCACCUAACUUUUGCUACUGGUGAGCAUAGAUUUGAGUCAACCUAUUUUUCAUGGUGUGGAGUUUUUUCUAUUUUUCUAAGUUAAUGUGCCUGUGAGAGAUUCUUCAUUGAAAGGGUGUCUUUCAUUUUCAUAACUGGAUGGGGAUGAAACCUUGUGGCUGAGCUGUUUUACCGUGGCAUUUCUCAAGAAAACUGGUGCUGCAUAAAAGACAAAUUUGCUGAAUGAAUUCUGUAACAAGAGCAGAUUGGAAUUUAACAUAUAAGAAACCUUACUCCUUCAAUCCAUCUCACAAUAGAUUUAUGAUGUUUCUUCUGCCUGAUCCCUUAUAGCCUUCUUCGUGGUUGACAGGUUUUUAAGAAGAUUCUUUUUAAUUAAAUUAACUUCUAAGUAUAUAGAGAGCACUGGUUAAAUGUCAUUUUUGGACUGGACUUACAGAGAUGAAGAUGGAAAAACUUGACCAGUGCUGCAUAAUCACCAUAUUCAAUAAUUUUCUGAGUUAAGAUUGGAGAUUUAUUUGUUUAUAAUUUUUUAAUGGAUGAAUCAUUACUGAACCUAGUGUCUUCCUUUCCAUGUUACCUUUUCAGGCAUUUUCUGUAGCAGGAUUUGGUGGAUGGAAGCUCCAAGGCAUAGUGACACCUAGUAGUAACCUGUAGAGUGUAAACAGUAAAAAAUUUUGAGCAAAUCUAAUCCCUCCCCACUGCAAGGAAAGGACAAUUAUUCAAGGAAGCAUUAGCCAGAGUUGGUAACAGGUGGUUGCCAGCUUUGAAUCACUACAGAUGUUAGUUGUUUGCACUCUGCAUGUAGCAACUGUUGAAGUGGAUCUUGAUCAAAACAUACAUAGCAAUUCCAGCUAGCAUGUGGAAUCUGAGGGGCAGCUAUCUUGAAAGAGUUGCCUCUUUUGCUUGGUUCAUGAUAUUCCGUGACAAUAUGAUUUUGCGGCCCUUUUCCGUCAGAUAGAUUUCCUGUUGCGUUACACUAUAGUGUGGUAGAAAAUGAUUAGUUGAAAUGAUUACUUGAUUGCACUGCGCUUUGGAUCAUUUUAUGGUUUGAGGUCUCAUGAAUGACCCUUGUUUUUCUUUGCGUGAA